GCGCCCCCAGCCAGGAUGCUGCGGUUCCUGCGCCGGACCUUUGGCCGCCGCUCCAUGCAGCGCUACGCGCGGGGCGCGGCAGGGCGCGGGGCCGCCGGGCUGGGGGACGAGCGCGACGGGGGGCCACGGGGGGGUCCGGCCUCCGCUGCCGCCUCCUCGGCGCUGCCCGCCGCGCCCGGGGGCAGCGUGUUCCCGGCCGGCGGCGGGCCCCUGCUCACGGGCGGCGCGGCGGUGCACAUCUCCGCCGCCGGAACGGCUAAGGCCACCCUGUACUGCCGUGUCUUCCUGCUCGACGGGACCGAAGUGAGCGUGGAUCUGCCGAAACAUGCCAAAGGCCAGGAUUUGUUUGAUCAGAUCGUGUACCACUUGGACCUUGUGGAAACAGAUUACUUUGGCCUCCAGUUCCUCGACUCUGCCCAGGUCACACACUGGCUGGAUCAUUCCAAACCCAUAAAAAAGCAGAUGAAAAUUGGACCUGCUUAUGCAUUGCACUUUCGAGUUAAAUACUAUUCCUCAGAACCGAACAAUCUUCGAGAAGAGUUUACAAGGUACCUGUUUGUUUUACAACUCAGGCAUGACAUUCUCUCUGGAAAAUUGAAAUGCCCCUAUGAAACAGCUGUGGAAUUAGCUGCCCUCUGUCUGCAAGCAGAGCUUGGGGAGUGCGAACUUCCGGAACACACACCAGAGCUUGUGUCUGAGUUUCGGUUCAUUCCAAAUCAGACAGAAGCGAUGGAAUUUGAUAUCUUCCAGAGAUGGAAAGAGUGCAGGGGAAAGAGCCCUGCCCAGGCGGAACUCUCCUAUCUGAAUAAAGCGAAGUGGCUGGAAAUGUAUGGGGUAGACAUGCACAUUGUCAGGGGAAGAGAUGGCUGUGAAUAUUCUCUUGGACUGACCCCGACAGGCAUAUUAAUCUUUGAAGGAGCUAACAAAAUAGGCUUAUUCUUUUGGCCUAAAAUUACCAAAAUGGAUUUUAAAAAGAGCAAACUGACACUCGUGGUGGUGGAGGAUGAUGACCAGGGCCGUGAGCAAGAGCACACCUUUGUGUUCCGGUUGGACAGUGCCCGGACCUGCAAGCAUCUGUGGAAGUGUGCUGUGGAGCACCACGCCUUCUUCCGCCUGCGCACGCCGGGAAACAGCAAGUCCGCCAGAUCGGACUUCAUCAGGCUGGGCUCCCGCUUCAGGUUCAGUGGGCGGACGGAGUAUCAAGCUACGCAUGGCGCCCGUUUACGAAGAACCAGCACCUUCGAGAGGAAGCCCAGUAAACGCUACCCAUCCCGGAGACAUUCUACCUUCAAAGCAAGCAACCCGGUGAUCGCUGCUCAGCUCUGCUCUAAAACAAAUCCUGAAGUCCAUAAUUACCAGCCUCAGUACCAUCCGAACGUCCACCCCAGCCAGCCCCGGUGGCACCCUCACUCUCCAAAUGUCAGCUACCCGCUCCCCUCCCCUGUGCUCAGCCCCUCGGACCGGCUGCCCUUUGGCAUCGAGGAGAACGGGGGCACCCCGUUCCCCCCCAAGGCUUCGGGACGGCAUCACCGCCAACACCAGCACCACUCCAACUACGGCCUGUCACUGACCCUGGAGAACAAGGAGGGGCCCUUGAGGUCCCCGAACUCCAGCAGCAAGUCCCUCACAAAACUGAGUCCUGGACCACCUGCUCUGUUCAGUGAUGCUGCUGCCCAUCUGAAGAAGCUGGAGCUGGAGACAGUGAAGGCUGCUGGACCCUGGCCCACUCUGCAUAUCAACAUUAACAAGGCCGAGGAAAAGAAGGUCUCUGAGAAGACUCUUCAGACACCCCUGUUGCCCUCGCCCGUGGCAGAUCACGUGAAGUGCAACAUUCUGAAAGCGCAGCUGGAGAACGCUUCCCGGAUUGGAAAAGAGGAAUCGACAUUUGUAAAUAUCAAUAAGAAAUCCAGUCUUCAGGACACUAAUGUAAGAAGUCCUAUCCCUAUACGUGUGGAAACUGCCCAACCAGCUGUGGAAAAACCGGAAAUCAAGCCUUCCCGAGUGAGGAAGUUAACAAGACAAUAUAGUUUUAACCGCAGUGAUGAAGACGACCUCCCUCCAGACCUGGCCGAGGCGGUGGGAGUCACCACAGCCCCAGCCACAGACUCCACCACAGCUGCCACACAAGCCUCAGUGCCACUGGUGUCCCCCAAGCUCCAGAAAGUCAGCUCACCUCACAAGUCAGAAGGCAAGAGCCUGCUGUCUCCAGCGGCCAAGAGCCCCUCUGACCGGGGAGGGACCUUUACCUUGGAGCCUGGAGAUCUCCUGAUGGAUUUCACAGAAGCAACUCCUCUGGCAGAGCCCGCCAGCAACCCCCACUGUGCUCACUCUGGCUGCUCUCCUCCACUCUCUCUCCCCAUGAAGGAAGAGACCACUGGAGUUUGCAUGUACCCUCCAAUCAAAACGAGGCUGAUAAAAACAUUCCCGGCUGAUCCGGUGAGCCCGUUUCCUGAUCCUUUUAGCACCGGGCCUCAGUUUACAGCCGACUUCAGAGACAGUAAAUUACAGCGCUGUCCUGGCCCGCCUUCCCCACUGAUCCCAGCGGCGGCCCUGAGGCCUUUGACAGAGACUGUCUCCACGGUACAGACCGUCUAUACCACCCGGAAGCCUGUUUCUAUGGCAGCCAGUGCAGAGACACUCCGGCAGGAACUGGAGAGAGAGAAAAUGAUGAAAAGACUGUUGAUGACUGAACUGUGAAACUGUCCCCUUGUCGUCUGGAGGAUGGCAUGGUGCCUUCUGUCCGUUUUCUUUCUUCGGGCUUAGCGUGCUCAUUCCAGCACGACAUACAGAUGUGUGCUCUGUUCCCAGGUCUCCAGGGCUAGCGGAAACCGACUGCUGGCUUGACUUUCAUGGGAAAGGUUAUUCUAUGUCUCCUGAGCAGUAGAGGUUUUCUGUGGCUCAGUGCAGUUGAGACAGGAUUUGGUACGUUUAGGAGAAGAAAGAUGGGAAGACAGGGAUUCCUGUUCAGAAGUACCUGUGUGUGGGUUGAUGACCACAGAGGCUAACGCAGCGGGGAAUCCUUCACCAACAGUCUCAACCAUGUGAUUUUGUAUGAUUGGAACUUGCACCAAGAUUCGACUCUUUGCUAAAGAGUAAUUUUUAAUGAGAGAAUAAUUCUUUACUGAUGGUUUUUCAUUUACACUGAUAAAUACACAGAUCUUAUAAAGUCCUUUAUUUUUAUUCAGACAUGAGUAAAUGAACUAAAAAUAUAUAUAUAUACAUACAUACAUUAUAUAUAUAUAUAUAUAUAUAUAUAUAUAAUUACCAUGACUAAAAGUUCUUUAGCUUAACCCAUAACAUGAUUUUCUUUGGGAACUCAUUGGAUAUGUUAUUAUCUGUGAUAAACAAAAUUUAUCAUUGAACCAAAGUAGGAAAUUCCAGCUUGCAUUGUCUAAAAAUCUGUACGGGGUUUUAAGAUGGUUCAAUAAGGAAAAUCAUUUGGGUUUUCUAUUAAGGAAGACCAUUUCUAAAGUUGAUUGAUUAAUGUCCUGCUGAUAGAACCCUGACCAGAAGAAACUUUGCUCUCUUUUUAUAUAGUUUCAAGAAAUGUGUUUUUAAAUUUUUAUUAUGCACUUGAAUAACUUUGCAGGAACUAAAAAAAAAACACAAAACAUCCCUCUAAAUUAGUCCCCAAGCUUUCUCCAUGAACAUGCACAUGUUUUUACGUAGCUAGGAUCAGUGUGUACAUUCUCUUUUGUUCCAUUCUCUGCCUAACACUUAUCUCCUUAUCAAACAGAUCCUACUCUUGCCAAUUUAAAUAUCUUUAUACCCAUGUAACAUGGUUAACCUCACUUCUCCCAUUAGAUACCUGAGUUAUAUCCAUUUUUUCACUCUUAUAAAUAGUGCUGCUAUGAAUGUCUUUGUAAAAAAAAAAAAAAAAGUUCCUUCCUUUGGAGUAUUCCCUUUGGGAGUAUCUUCAAAGAGGGAUUACAAGGUCAAAGAGCAUGAAAUACUUUUAUAGCUCUUGUUUUAUAUUGCCAAAUUGCUUUCUAGAAAGAUCCAAUCUCUGGAUUGGAAGGACCUUAAAGGUCAUCUAGUUUAACACCCCCUUCCCCCUCUGAAUGCUUGAAUCCCCUUUAAAAUUUAUGAUGCCACCAGCAAUGUAUAAGCAUUUCUAUUUACCAAUAGCUCUGCCAGUAUUGGGUUUUGCUGUUUUUAUUUAUUUUCACUAGUUUAAUGGAUGUGUACAGUUGUUCUUGAAAAGUUGUUUUAUUUCAUUAAUUGCUACAAAAGCUGAGCACUUUUCCACGUGAUGAUUUCCUAGCUGUAUCUCCUUGUGUGUAAACUGUCCAUCCAUUUCUUACGACUGCUUGUUAAAUGGAAUCAAUCCCGUACCUUUGUACCAGAACUGUAUUUUUAUGUUGUCGUAGAGUUUGCUCUCCUGUCCCUACCCUUACAACUGAAUGGUGCCAAUAAUUUGAUACUAAUGAUUAUAAAAAAAAAAAAGCAAUGCCUCAUUUUCUAGCAUUGUCGUGAAUGAGGUAUCUGAACAAAUAUUCAGAUAACUGAGGAGUAACCCUUUAAGUGCUGACUUUAAAAUUUUAAUAUUUUUUGAGGGAAAUCUUUCUUAAAUGUAUCACACACAUCCCUGCCUUAGCAAACAGAGUACACUGGAGAGUAUUCACCCUUUCCUUACGGAGUCAUGGUCAUCUCUAUAAACAUCAGCCCCUUUUGUACCUUGGUAUGCUGCCGUGAUGUCGCCAAGAGCUAUCAAAAUGCACAGGGCUCGGCUCUGCCUCUUACAGCCUCUCACGUUCUUCUCAUUGUUGGUUUUUACUGCUGUCUGCUCCAUCGGUGGAGUUAUUGGGGCAAUUGUAGUUUGGGGGGCUUUUAUACCUCCAUGACCCCAGCUGUACUUUUAAAACAGCUUUAAUUGUCCUUUAUCUCGUGCCCGUGACACAAAAUGUGUUCCUGUACAGCACGAGGUUGUCACCUCUUGCCAAUGUAGCAGCCUCUUCCUGCUCUCAGCUGCUUUCUGAAGUGUCCACUCCUUGCCUCCGGCUAUCUAAUGGAAGUUCCAAGGUCACAGCUGAAGACCUCUUGGGAAAGCCAGGAAACCGAGUAUUUCCUAUGCGUCUGGUUUGCUUUGCUUCCCACGAGGGAUGCGUGAGCUUUAGGGUUGCUGUUUCCAGGAGGCUCCGAGUCUCCUGUUUCUUCCCCUCUUCCCCCUGGGUUCACAGGUAUUUUGAAAUGUUGAUGUCACUGAAAGUCUGGCUGUUAUUGUGUAUGAAAACCCAGUACCUUUGGCAGCUCACCUCUAACCAGUAAAAUCAAGAGGAUUCCAUGGUUUCAUCAGUCGUCUUGGUUAUUUGCCUAUUCAAAUAUAAGGAUGGGUGCUUGGCAUUGGGGCUGAGAUGAAAUUGUAUUGGGUGAAUGAGGCCAUACAGCACACUCCUUAGGUCUAGGGUAAGCUCGGGUACCAUCUGUGGCCGGGGCUCCUAGUGGGCAUGGUGGGUUACUGCAAGAGUCUGAGGAUCCUCAAUCCACAGAGUUUCUGGAUUGUGGACUGUAUAGAUCUUCAUGAAGAGUUUGAAAACAAAGUCUGAAUAUUCAGAAGUUCCCACCAGGAAGCAUCCAGAAUUUUAUAUUCCCCAAAUAGCACAGGACUAUUCUGACAUCACUGUUAUCUUUUUUUUUUUCACCAUCUCAGAGAUCACAGCUUUUUUAAAUGUUCAAAUAAAAUUCACCAUUUUAACCAU